GAAGGAGGUCAAUGGUCAGAAAGCAGCAGAAGUCACUUGUUCUCGAGUUCUGCUAAUGAACAGAUACACACACACACACAAACACAAACACACACACACAUACAAACAUGCACCAACUGAAAACACUGUCAGACACAAUGCGAAACCACAGACAAUGACAUGCAGCUGAAUAACAGGAACAGACCAGACUACUAACCAGAUAGAAAGAGAGAGACAGGCCAGAGGAUUAAUCAUUUACCAGACAUCUUAAAUGUGGACUGAGUUGUGUUUAUGGAGACUGAGUGACAGGGAGUGAGUUGGUGUGUUGGUGACUGGAAGCGACUGUAGAGAGGAGGACCACAGAAGUGUGUUGAUGAUGAGGGAGAGUCGCCACGAGACUGAGAACAUGAUGAGGAGAUUCAUAUCUGUCAGCCAUGUCCUUCUAUGUGCUGGAGUCUGUGUGACAUCAGAGGUAAUAACAAGAAGAGGUCAAGAAGGAGGAUCAACUAGUAUUGAGUGUCCUUAUGACCAGGGAUGGGAGACAUAUCCAAAGUACUUCUAUAAGGGGAUCUGGGCACACAAAGUUCCUGUCAUCCAAAGUAAUCAGCCGUCAUCAUGGACUUCUAAUGGUAGAUACUCUCUGUAUGACGACAGAAAGAGAAGAGUCUUCACUGUGAUCAUCAGUAACCUGACACUACAGGACACUGAUACAUACUGGUGUUUCAUAGACGGGUGGGGUUCAGAUCACCAAACUGAAGUAAAUCUCACUGUGGACCAAGAAUCUUCUCCUACUCCCUCCAGACCUAUACUCAUGGCAACUGACUCUUCCCACUCCGCUACAGGUAAUCUGGUGUAUUCUGGUGUUGGUCUGGUUCUGGUUCUGCUUCUUCUGGGUCUGCUGCUCUUCAUAUUCUUCAGAAAGAGAAGACAGAGAGCGAAGAGAUCCACAGUAUCCAAAAACUCUGCAAGAACAUUGGUUCCUGACUCCACAACAGCCAACCAGGAUCCACACCUGGUCACCAACCCCACCUACUGCACAGAGACCAAUCAGAACCCAGAUACACAUGACAUCAUGACCGACUAUGCCACAUCAACCAGUCAGCAUCCAGAUCUGAACAUCUACUCCAACAUUGAUUCUUCUACAGUGGCUCAGAGCAGUGUGAACUAUGAUCCUGUUAACCUCCCCAUGGAUCCAUCCUAUCUCCAUUAUGCUGUGGUCUCCUUCAGUAAGGACUCUGAUUCCCUUGACCUCCCAGAUCCUCAACAUUCAACUGUCGAUGUCUCAUUGAUGUACUCAGCCAUCAAUCACUUCAAAAUGUAGUAUUUUGCUUUCUCUUAUAUAAAUGGCCAGUAUGCUCAUUCAUUCAGUAAUUUGAUUGUUCUCUUGUUCACGUUCUCCAUGUUAACUUUUAAUAAUUUGUUCUACACAUAACUGACCUCUCCUCCCUGUCCUCAAAAUCAAACACUAAACUUUGACCUCAUUAAAUUCUCACUAUGUACUGCUAAGCUGUGAAAGACACCUUGGUCUCGGUCGCUUCUCCGCAUGAAUAAAAGUAAAUGCUUCUUUUGGAGGUGUAGUCUCUGUGUUU